CAGCCUUCCACGCGGUACGGUAGCGUGCCACAACGCACUCCGGUGAUACAAGCGCGGAACUUCAGGCAUAUCGUUUCAUAUCAAGUGAUAUCCAUAAAUUGACCGAUUCUGUACAUAAAGUGACCGAUUCCGUAUCGAGUGACCGAUUCUACGCAGUGCAUGACCGAUUCGCGAGUGAGAUGCAUUCGAGUGACACCUGGAUUUAGUGUGUUUUUGUGUUUUGUUUUGUUGACCGUUUAAUGUGCGAAAGGGAGAUAGCGUAUGAUGUGAUGAUGCGGCGAGGAAAACCGCUGCUCGAGGGCAGCAGGCAGGGCUCGGUCGACGGCAAGGGCAGUGUGGCUGAUAAAGAGCUGGUGCAUAAGUGUCACAGUGACCCUGGAGGGGGGAGGGCGUUGGGAGCAGCGCCCAGGACGCACAGGCACCGGUCAGCGUCGGGGGCAUUGAGAAAAUGCGUCCUCACUUUAGACGGAUACUCGUAUGUCAUUGAACAAGGCGCUCUCACCAUCGUCCGGCGCUCGUCAAGCCGGAGCAAAACAGAAAGCUGUUCCACCCCCACCGACGAACAGCUCGACCAGCUCGAUCUAGACACUGAACACUUGCCCGCCGUCGAUACGCCCGACGCUUGCGACAAAGCCGCGCUUAGAUUACGCUAUCUCCUAAGACAAUUAAAUAGAGGUGAAAUAUCCGCAGAGACAUUACAAAAGAACCUUCAGUAUGCUGCUAAAGUGCUCGAAGCGGUGUACAUUGACGAGACCAAACCUGCAGUGGCGCGCCAGCAGUCAGCCCCAACCCUGGUGUUUAGACGAUUGGCUGACGAAGACGACGAGCUUUCGGAGGUGCAACCGGAUGCAGUGCCGCCGGAAGUCCGAGAAUGGCUCGCGUCAACGUUCACGCGACAAUUGGCGACUGCAAAGCGGAAGUCGGACGAAAAGCCGAAGUUCCGGUCGGUGGCUCAUGCAAUACGGGCCGGGAUAUUCGUGGACCGUAUUUACAGAAGGGUCACCAGUACGGCGCUUAUGCAGUUCCCGCAGGAUGUUGUGCGAGUCUUGAAGACCCUGGACGAAUGGUCGUUCGACGUGUUCGCGCUGCACGAGGCGUCGGCCGGCGCGCCCGUCAAGUACCUCGGGUAUGAACUACUCAACCGCUACGGGAUGAUUCAUAAGUUUAAGGUACCGCCCACGAUCCUGGAGAACUUCCUAAGCCGGAUAGAGGAGGGAUACUGCAAAUUCCACAAUCCUUACCACAACAACCUGCACGCUGCCGACGUCGCGCAAACUGUACAUUACAUGCUGUGUCAGACGGGACUCAUGAACUGGCUGUCAGAUCUGGAGAUCUUCGCAACGCUGGUAGCAGCUGUAGUCCACGACUACGAGCACACUGGCACCACGAACAACUUCCACGUGAUGUCGGGUUCGGAGACUGCUCUGCUGUACAACGACCGAGCGGUGCUCGAGAACCACCAUAUUAGUGCUGCUUUCAGACUGAUGCGCGACGAGGAAUGCAACAUACUUCAGAACUUAUCCCGCGAUGAAUUCCGCGAGUUCCGCACCCUGGUCAUCGACAUGGUGUUGGCGACCGACAUGUCUUUCCACUUCCAGCAGCUGAAGAAUAUGCGCUCGCUGCUGUCGCUCGCGGAGCCGACCAUCGAUAAGUCCAAGGCGACGUCACUAGUGCUGCACUGCUGUGACAUUUCGCAUCCUGCUAAGAGAUGGGAUCUUCACCACCGAUGGACUAUGAGUCUCCUGGACGAGUUCUUCCUGCAGGGAGACAAGGAGCGAGACCUAGGACUCCCAUUCAGUCCAUUAUGCGACAGGAACAAUACUCUAGUAGCGGAGUCCCAGAUUGGGUUUAUUGAGUUCAUUGUGGAGCCCAGCAUGGGAGUGUGUGCAGAUAUGCUUGAGUGCAUAUUGGGACCUCUUCACUCGAGUGCCAAGAACUCUACUAGCACUGCGGGCAGUGAGCCGAUUAAUGAAGAGAAUGCAGGGUCAGAGCCUAGCAACAAAUUCAAAAUCAGGAAGCCCUGGAUCGCGUGCCUCAGCGACAACAAGAAGAUCUGGAAAGAGCAGGCGGCAAAAGACGCUGAGGCACGAGCAAAGCAAGACGAGGAAGAGAGUGCCGACCCUCAACCUGUUACGGAAGAAUAAUAUUUAGCCACAUUUGUAAAUAGCGUUAAAACAAGUUGUUGCAACAUGUUCAAUUCACUGUUGAAGAAAAACUAAACGGACUGUGUGUUAAGUGUUUGCUUUAUAAACGUUGCUAUGUGUGUGACGCACAAAUAAAAAUUAAUAGCACAAUGCGAAAGCAAUGUAUAAAGUUUCUCUAUGCGGAAGACAACAUAGUGAGCCAAAACAAGAUGGCGACGCCGCGCAGCGGACAAUGCCGAUAGUAUAAUUAAUUCGCUAAGUCCUCUAGUCUAAGCUUUUAUUGAUUGCCUUUGAAGAUAUCCAUUGCAUAUUGUAAAGAUACAACUAGAGUUGGAUCUCAAUCAUUAAUUAAAGUAUUGUUAUGCUUAUUCCUACAGUAUAUUAAGUAUGUAAAAUUGUACUGAACUCAUUAAAAUAGACGUAAGAGCUAUCUAUGUAUCUAGACAUUAUCAAUGCUGGUUAUGGAGCAAACUAAUAAUAUAAUCUAAAACAUGCACUUCUCUUCGUUGGUCAAACGUUUAAUGUACUUAGUAAUACAAAUAUACAAAUAUGUAGCUUACUUAGUGUAAUCUUAACCCAUAUGACAAAAUACGCUUAUUAAUUUUAAUGUUUCCGAUUAAAUUGGAUAAUCUUGAUAUUCCUGACCAAAUGUUAUUUAUUGAUAUGAAAUUAUUUUCUAAAUAAUAAAUGCCAUCUCAAAUUUUAGUAAUAGAUAAUGAUAGAUGGUACAUUACUUGUGUAGUUAGUAAAACUUCGUAAUGUAAGAUUGCUAUUUUGAUCAUAAUAAUGUUAAUACAGUUGAAAUUCACAUAUUUGUAAAGCAUAAGUCGUGCUCAAGAUAAAGUGCGGUUUUUCUGAAUAUAUAUCUUUAUCUAUUAGACUGAACAGAAUAAGACGAACAGAAGAACGAAAGGUAUAUCUAGAAUAAUCUAGAUAAGUGUAGAUAUGAAUAAAGAAUCUUCUGGAACAGUCUGAAGAAUUUGUACCGUCCUUCGACUUAUACCUGAUGGUGUCUAAUAUCGCUUGAGACAGUGAUGCAGCGAAUUUGAUAUUGAACGUACACAAUAUAGAUAUUUCGCUAAUCCUAACAAGAGGUUUUAUGGUUGAGGCAAAAAUGUAAAA